AUGGAUGACGACUCAUUGAACUUUGGUUCUGACGCAGCCGGCGCUACCCCAGGUAGUAAUUCUAUUCUGGCGCAACCGCCGCUGCAAGGAGAAGGUACGCCGCAAGAAGGCUCUGGCCAGGGGGAGGACAUAUCGAUGGCUGAAGGCGGCGCAGAUACUAGUGCAGAUGGAGCAACAAAAGCUGUUUCUGACAAUCCCCUCGAUGCUCCCGACGCCCCUCGACGAGAAGGAGACGAAGUGAAAGACGAAGAAAUGGCCGACACACAAGAUAUUAAAGCAUCUCAAGAAGGUGGUGCUGAGGCUGCUGGCGAGAAUGGAGUUGCUGAGGGGCAGGUGGAGAAGACGAAAGCAUCUAUCGAAGCCUCAGCCCGCGAACAUCUCAUCUCUCAAACUCACUCAAUCAUCUUACCUAGCUACAGCACCUGGUUCGACAUGCACAAAAUCAAUCCUAUCGAGCGAAAAGCCCUUCCCGAGUUCUUCAACAAUCGAAAUCGAAGCAAGACCCCUGCAGUCUAUAAGGACUAUCGAGAUUUCAUGAUCAACACAUACCGGCUGAACCCGAUAGAAUACCUGACUGUGACAGCUUGCAGAAGAAAUUUGGCAGGUGAUGUUUGUGCUAUCAUGCGUGUACAUGCUUUUCUUGAGCAGUGGGGUCUCAUCAAUUAUCAGGUCGAUGCGGAUCAGCGACCAUCAGCUAUCGGACCACCAUUCACAGGCCAUUUCAAGGUCAUAUGCGAUACCCCUCGUGGACUUCAACCUUGGCAACCAGCUGCAGAUCCCUUGGUUAUCAAAGGAAAGGAGAGUGCGGAUACAGAUGCGAAAGCAAACGCAGCGCCUGUUCCCAAGUCUGAUCUGAAUCUCGAAGUUGGACGCAAUAUCUAUGAGCCAACAGCUCGCGAGAAUAAGAUUACUGCUAAGGGCUCAGAGAAGCAAGCUAAUGGAGAUGCACCAACAACGAAUGGUACCUCAGAGUCUGCCCCCAAAGCUAUCGAGGAUAUCGUCAAACCUUCUAUCACCAAAGUCAACUGCUUCACAUGUGGUAUCGACACUACUCGGGUUUAUCAUCACAAUUCUCACGCUGAUGCGGGUACUGGUGCGAAUGGCAAGAUCAAGUACGAUCUUUGCCCCAACUGUUUCACGGAAGGACGGAUGCCUGUCAACCACCAACAAUUACACUACAUCAAGAAAGAGAAUCCAACGUAUUCAGCUAUUCCAGAUCGCGAUGCCCCAUGGAGCGACGGCGAGGUUCUCAAGCUCCUCGAAGCUAUGGAGAGAUACGAUGAGGAUUGGACCGAAAUUGCUGAGUACGUUGGAACACGAAGCAAGGAAGAGUGUGUUGUUAAGUUCCUUCAAUUUGAGAUCGAGGACAAAUACUUGGACUCAGAACCCAUUGCGAAAGCUUCGGGUCUUAGCAUGCUCGGAUCACAACAUGGUUACCUUCCGAUUAGCCAAGCAGAUAAUCCAGUCAUGUCGGUGAUUGGCUUUUUGGCAGGUCUCACCGAGCCGAGCGUCACAGCAGCAGCAGCUGGAAAGACGGUAGAAGCCAUGAAACAAAGUUUAAGAGAUCAGAUUGAGAAGCCCCAGUCGGCAGAGAAAGGCAAGGAGAAGGAGAGUGCGGACUCUAUGGAAAUUGAUGUCAGACAAGAAACCACAACCACGACAACUACCACCACGACCCAAACCAUCCAAGCACUAGCUACGGUUCCACUGGCCAGUGUUGCCGCUCGGUCGGGUGGUCUCGCUUCUCACGAGGAACGAGAGAUGACUCGUCUCGUCUCUGCUGCCGUCAACACCACAUUGAUGAAGAUGGAAUUGAAAAUGAAGCAAUUCAACGAGAUGGAGCAGAUCCUUCAAGCUGAACGCAGAGAACUAGAGAGAGGCCGCCAACAGCUAUUCCUCGACCGUCUAACUUUCAAGAAGCGUGUCAAGGACGUUCAAGAAAGGUUGAAGAUGGCAGCCGUUACUGGCGGGGAUCAAGGUAUCAAGAUGGCGCAGGAUGUCAUGGGAGGCGGUGACAAGUUAGCAUUCCAGGCGUCCGCGCCAGCCCCAGGAUCUGUCCAACCAUUAAGUGCAGAAGGGCAGAUAAAGACCUUCGAUAUUUGA